CAGACAUACUAGACAGCAGCCUUUUGGACGAAAACGCAGCCGCUAAAGCUCAAUUGCUGCCUUCGAACCCUUAGAGUAUUAUUCGCAGUCCUCUUGUCGCCGCUCCGCACGUUUCAGCGGCUUCGAGACAAGCUGUGACGCGCCAAGCAAGUGGUUUGGCCCAAGCAGAGCUUUUGCGAUCAAUUCCUUGCGCGCAAUAACCAGUGCGACAUACAGCGGUCACCAUGGUCGAACUAGAAGACCGCAUCUACAAGUACUGGCUCCCGCCCUUCCUCAAGCGCCUCCAGCGCAACCGGUCGGCGCCGCCGCCGCGGACCGCGCUCGCGGCGCUCUUCCUGACGACGGUGGGCCUCGUCGUGAUCAUUACGGGAAUCUACGAGAAGUGGUACGACGUCGGGCCCGACGUGCCCUACCACUACUUCACUUUAUUUCUGCUCGGCUUCAUCACGUUCGUGCCCGGGAGUUAUGCGACGUUCAACUUGUGGGGCGCGUUCCGGCGCUAUCCAGGGUUCGAGUACGACCAGGUGCCGUCGUGGGACGACCAGGCGCUGACCUAAGUAUUUCUUUU